GUACUCAUAAUAUCCAUUAGGACAGUUGUGUUCCUGCUUUGUUAACUUGUUUGAUUAUGACCGCAAUCAGCCGCUUGGUGGCAGUAUUGUUCCAAAUUUGCCGCGGUAAGUAAGGAAGUGAUGGAAGAGCGAGAAGUUUUAGCGUCGGAUCGUUGUCAAUAAACUGAAUCUGGAUAUUUCAGGAUGAGAGGAGCACCGCUGUCUGACCUGCAGAAACCUUCCAGAAGCAGCUGCUGAGGGACUCCUGGUUUCUCAGAGUAGAUCGCAGAAUGGACUCCAGGCUCUUGGAUAAACUCAUCCAGGAGCUCAACCAGAGCUCCCCUCAGAUACUCACAUACGCAGAAGCGCAUAAAUUACAGAACCUGGAUGUGCCCACCUGUUUGCGAAUGGCUGAGCUCCUGACACACCUGCAAGGGAAGGGGGAGGAGGCCUGUCACCAGCUGUACCGGCUGCUCCAUCUGCACGCGGAGGACAUGUAUUUCAGCCUGCCCACACGGACCGCUCACCCUGGAAACACAGAGCAAGCUAAUAAAUCCCCCCAGGAGCGAUUUGUACUUAACAACAGGGGUCCUUUGUUUUUCUUCAGCUGCUUUGGCCUUGCAGUAGGGGGCGCUCUACUGUAUUACUACAGUGAUGGUGCCCUGUGGGAUGGUGCCAGGGCGGUGUUGGCAUAUACAGCUCUGGGCUUGAGCAGACCAACUACCUCGCUGUUGCUGUUAUAUGCAGAAAAAUUGGGCAAAAAUCGUUAGGUUAAGCAAGGGGUCCAUCCGUCCAUCUUCUGGCUGCUUCUUCGAGUCAGGGAGGCCUGGAGCCUAUCCCAGGCAGUACAAGGCUGGGGAAGACGCUGGCUGGAUGGAUGGAUGGAUGGAUGCCUGCCCUCACAAGUGAGGCAGUGGUGGGAAAUAUUUCUUAUAAAUGUAUUUAAAUAUUCAGUUAUGUUUCAGUUUAUUGUUACAUUUAUUCAUAUGCCAAAGAGCUUUAAAUUAUACUGUAUUAAGCUUGUUUUUGUUUGCUCGUGUAUAAAGUCAGAAUUCAUUGUAACAGCCUUUAAGAAUGAACGGUGCUGAUUUCUGCUUUUAAUGACAGGGGACAUGGAUGUAUUAUAUAAAUAUGUAUAUAUACAUUUUUAAUCGGCCAUUUUUUAUCUUUCUGGAAUAUUGGUUAUUAUACAUCUGGGAUUUAUUACCUGUGUUUUUAACAGCUGAAGUCAUGUUCCACUGUAAUAAAGGUAGGUGGUUAUGAGAAAGA